AUGAUGACUAUGGACGUCGGGAUGUACAACAAUCAGCAGAGCGGCUACAACGCGGAGUACUACCAGCAGGGGGCGGCGUACCAGCCACCGUACGAGGGCUACCACGAGGGGUACUAUGAACCGGCACCAUACUACGAACCGAUCAUCCACGGACAGGCGACACAUGAAGCAGCUCCAGUUAUAAGUACUGACACAGGACUCUGUUACACGAACUUAGACUAUGGAGAGUUGCAACAGACUUACCCAGUACACCCACUACCUCCACACCCAGAAGCGUUCAAGCACAGAGAAGACAUGCCCAGAGCGGAGGAGAUACACAUGCACGAUCACAAACUAGACAAUCACUACUUGGAAACAAAAUACAAUAUGCACUUUGUUGACGACUCGAGCAUUCAAUACAGCCAUGGCUCUCCUCUCCCCUGCGGAGAGUUUGAUCCCUACUCUCCGAAAGAGGAGUUCGGGGGGUUGAGGGAGAGUUUUCCCCGAGAUGGAGAUAUCCAAAGCCAUCAUGUGGGUCACCAGCCUCACCCCUCCCACGCCGCCGUGCCAACGUAUAAGUGGAUGCAAGUCAAGAGAAAUGUACCCAAACCUGCCGUACCAAAGCUGAUGAUACCUCCAACGGAUUUCGUGAACCAAGGCGUCCUGGGCAGCCCUCAGGAAGGUCUGCGCACGCCCACGGGCAGCCAGAUGCUGGCCAACCCACUCCUCAACCUGAACAACACCGGCAGGACCAACUUCACCAACAAACAACUUACAGAACUUGAAAAAGAGUUCCACUUCAACAAAUACUUAACAAGAGCGAGAAGAAUAGAAAUAGCUUCUGCUUUACAGCUAAACGAGACUCAAGUCAAAAUCUGGUUCCAGAAUAGAAGAAUGAAGCAAAAGAAAAGGAUCAAAGAGGGCCUCAUCGUGGCCCCCGAGGCCCCUUCGACAUCUCACUCUAGCGCUGUAGGCUCAAACGAAAACAGCCGGGAGUCGAGCUAA